GAAGCAUCCAACUCUUCCCUCCGCUCGAAGUUAAUCAUCUGCUUGUCAUUAACCUGUGCCCUCCCACUCAGCGCUGUAGCUUUAACACGGGCUGUGGCAAGCGGGAGGGAGAACAAGCAGUGCCAGGCCCGGCCCCGGAGCCGUUGCGGAGCCCUCUCUGUUGCCCGGUCCCGUUGGACAUGGGGAGCUGCCGCCUCCCCGCAGCCCUCCUGGCCGCUGCCCUCGCCUCCCUCCUGCCGCCUCCCGCUGCACCCUCGGCCCCCCGCAAGCUCCUGUUGUUCCUGCUCGAUGGCUUUCGCUUCGACUACAUCGACGACAGCGAGCUGGAGGGGCUGCCGGGCUUUCGGGACAUCGUGAACAUGGGGGUGAAGGUGGAUUACAUGACGCCAGACUUCCCCAGCCUCUCCUACCCAAAUUACUACACGCUGAUGACGGGUCGCCACUGCGAGGUCCAUCAGAUGAUUGGAAACUACAUGUGGGACCAAAAAGCAAAUGUAUCUUUUGACAUUGGUGUGAAUAAAGAAAGCCUGCUUCCUCUCUGGUGGAAUGGAUCGGAGCCUUUGUGGGUCACAAUGAUGAAAGAAAAAAAGAAUGUUUCCAUGUACUACUGGCCAGGUUGCGAGGUCGAAAUCCUGGGAGUCAGACCAAGCUAUUGCCGCGAGUACUUCAGCGUCCCCACAGACAAAAACUUUGCAGAUGCCAUCAGCGAUGCUCUUGAGUCUUUGCGCAAUGGCAGUGCAGAGAUGGCCGCAGUGUACUAUGAGCGUAUUGACGUGGAAGGCCACCACUAUGGUCCUUCAUCCCAGCAGCGUAAGAAUGCUUUGAAGGAGGUGGACAAAGCCUUGAGCAACAUGAUCACGCUUAUCAAGAGCAAGGGCCUUCAGAAUGACGUCAAUGUCCUCCUCUUCUCUGAUCACGGGAUGACAGACAUCUCCUGGGUGGACAAAGUGAUUGAGCUGAAAAACUAUAUCAAUAUGAGUGAUACCAUACAAAUGAAGGACAGAGGACCUGUUGUGAGCCUCUGGCCAGCUCCAGAGAAGCAUGCGGAGAUAUAUCAGAAGUUGAAAGGUGUGGAACACAUGAACGUUUAUAAUGUACAGGAUAUUCCAGACCGGUUUUUCUAUAAAAAAGGAAAAUUCGUGUCUCCUCUGACUCUCGUGGCUGAGAAGGGAUGGUUCAUAGUAGAGAGCAGGGACAAGCUCCCCUUCUGGGAGAACGGGACGGGGAGGAAGGAGGCCUGGCAGAACGGCUGGCACGGCUACGACAACGAGCUCAUGGACAUGAGAGGCUUCUUCCUCGCGUAUGGGCCAGAUUUCCGAUCCAACUACCGAGCACCUCCCAUCAGAUCCGUGGAUGUUUACAACAUCAUGUGCAGCCUGGCAGGGAUACAGCCGCUGCCCAACAAUGGCUCCUGGUCCAGGGUGGAAUGCAUGCUCCGAAACACGGCCCCCUUGGCACCGCUGGCCCCGCGCAGCUGUGCCCUACUGCCAGCUCUGCUGCCCCUGCUGGCCGUGCCCAUCUCCUUACUGUGACCCCAGCACUGCCGCGGUGUCACCAGCAGCGCCACCCCUCUCUUUUCUUCUUCGUUCGAAUAAUAGCUUCAUUAAUAGAGUGCCGCCUCCCACUGCUCCACCAGCCGUGAAUCUGACCCGUCCUGCCUUUACAGCGGUUAUAACAGGAAGCCGGUUCCGUGCUGCUCCAAACACAGCCAGGGAUGUCGGUGUUGCUGCUCCAGAUCUACAGCACUGGCAACAGCAGCAGAACCCACAAAAUUUCUGGUGGGUGCACGUGGGGAUCUCUGAGCACCAAACACAUCUUAACCCAGCAGCUGGGAGGCUCAGCCUGGCCCCCAGCCAGGCCUGGCCAGCCCAGGGUGGAGAUAGACCUCUGUGCAUUUAACUGAGUUCUUUCUGAUUCAUUCCUUCACCUCCAGCUCCCUCACCAGCACAGCCCCAACUUCUUACAAUGCCAAGC